AUGUCCAAACCUGUUGUUCUUGAAGAUAUUACUGGCGGUAGCGCAAAGGCUACUCACCUCUGUCUUUGGGGAAACCCAAGUCAUGUACGCAAUAUUGCCAAGGUUUUGCGUGACGAAUAUUCCGAAAACGAAUUGUAUAUCCAGCCAGCCGAGAAGAACCGCGGCACCUUCACAUACGAUGGCAUUGAGCUUGGCGGUGAGCGCGUGUGCGCAGAGAUCGAGGACAAGCUGCACGAUAUUGAAUCGCAAGGGGUGUCCGGUCACCAACUUUUCACCAUCGACAAAUUCCGCGACACCGGCAGACCCCUUCUCGCCGUCCUCGCUGAUCCAGAUUCUAUCUUCAUGUCUGGUCUCAAGAAGUUUAAGCGCCGCACACUGUACUCAAAUAUCGUCAACGAUCGAACCGUGUUGCACUACACAUCCGCCAUUACUAAGCAUGAUCCUUAUGCAGACCUUGACAAGGUUAAUCUCAACUACCUGAAAGGAUACGAGGGUAUGAUUCUUGACCCUGACCAUCCUAUUGUGCUUCGACCGAAGCUUCAACAAGAUGCCCAAUUGACAAAGUACAAAGCUCUCAAUAAGUGGGUCAAGAGCAUCCUGGUUAUUCUGAGAGUGGGGUUGAUAAUGCCGAUCGUUGUUGUCGUAUUCCUUACAUACUCUACCGUCCAAACAGUCCGAAGUGCCAAUCGAAUCAAAGCGCAUGAGUCAGGAAAGGGUGGAUUCACGGUCAAGCAGUAUCGCAUGCCCUUACGGAUUCAGGAGACUCGAGAAGAAACGGAACAAGCUUGUAAGGUCCUCAACAGCUCACAGAACCAGAAAUACCUAGCAGCGUCAGAUUCAGAAGAUUGUCUGACCUAUGAUGCUGAUCAUCGCAAGCUACUAAAAAAACGGCGCAGAAUAUCGACUUCAAGACAGCUAACGCUUGCGCUAAUCCCUGAUCAAUUCGAGAUGAUCGAGAACUUGGAUGCAGCUGGUUGGCGCAAGUUCCAUGUUCACAUUCAAAAGCAUCGAUAUAGCCACGCGGCUAUUGUGGUACGUAUGGAUAAGGAAAAUUUUGCUGAUGGCUGGGUUGUUUCAAAGCACUUUGCUCGAACUUUCCACGAGUUACCGCCCGUACUUCGCAAACACGUAUCUUUCAAGAACCCAUGGGAUAUCCGCUGGACACUCGAAUCAGCGAUGGUAUCCACCAUCCUUCAAAGGUUACUUGCUAUUGCCGCGCUCGGAAUCAUUUGGAUCUCCGUAUUGGUGGUUUUCCGGUUAUACUUUCAUCCCCUGGCCAAAUAUCCUGGUCCAAAGCUUGCAGCAUGUAGUCAAUUAUGGUUUAUUCAAGCAUGGACCGGUGGACGCUACCCUUCUACGCUAAGGAAAACCCACGAUGAGUAUGGUGACGUCGUAAGGAUUGCUCCGAAUGAGCUUUCUUUCAACUCCCCGGUUGCUUAUAAGGAUAUUUAUGCCCGUGCUUCCAAGGAGGAUCAGUUUUUGAAAAGCGAAAUCCUCUAUAGCACUGGUUCAUCUACUGCGCGGCCCAAUAUCGUAUUUUCCCGGGAUCCACAGGAUCACCGACUGCAACGACAUGAACUCUCUCAUGCAUUCAGCGAUAAGUCACUGAGCAUGGCUCAAUUUGUGAUCGAAGACUACACAGAACUGUUUGUAACCCAACUCGCUGAGAAGGGAGGGCCGCAAACCAAGGGUGUCGAUGUCUCGGUUGUAUACAACUGGCUUACUUUUGAUAUCAUAGGACAUCUCACCUUUGGCGAAUCUUUCGGCUGUGUUAAGCAAUGGAAAGGUAGCGAAUGGGUUAGGCUUAUCUUAGAUUUUGCUGAACAGCUUAGUCUUGGCACCGUUCUGAACCGGCUCUCGGUCCCAAGUUUUGCACUCUCAGUCCUUAUGCCGACGAGCUUCAAGAACAGUUUAAUAUCCCACGAUCGAGCGACAGAUGAGAAGAUUGAUCUACUGAUUCAGAACAGCAAGGUUCAGGAUGACGAGCGCAAACAAUCUCUUCAGCAAAGUUACUUCUUCAACCGCAUGAUACGAGAAGGCGAAUUCGACCCCAUUCAUGUCCGAGAACAGGCCAAAGUCAUGAUGCUAGCAGGAUCAGAGACAACGGCAACGUUCCUUGCUGGUGUCACCUGCCUCCUACUCCAACACCCAGAAACAUUGACAAAACUACAAAACGAGAUCCGUUCUGCGUUCGACUCCAAGAAGGACAUUACGAAAGAGUCGACUUUGAAGCUUCAGUAUUUAUCUGGUGUUAUCGAAGAGGGCCUUCGUCUCUUCCCGCCGGCUCCGUUUGGUCUUCCUCGCGUCUGUCCUCCGGGAGCGGUGAUUGAUGGACGCGCUAUCCCUACAGGCACUAUCGUCUCCGUUGAUAGCUUCUCCAUGUCACAUGACGCACAUAGUUUCAGCAACCCUGAUGAGUUUCGCCCUGAGCGCUGGAUUGGCGGCGGCACAGGAGAUGAUCUCGCUGCAAGCCGUCCGUUCUCCGUUGGACGCCGGGCUUGUCUGGGCUUUAAGCUUGCAUAUAUGGAAGCAAGAACAAUUCUUGCCAUGAUGAUAUACAUGUACGAUUGGGAGCUAGUCAAUCCAGAACUUGACUGGUUCAACCAAUUGAGAUUCCACAUGACCUGGAAGAAGCCAGAGCUACUGGUUCGGUUUCAUCCACGGAGCAAGAAGCAGGACUAG